GAUUGGUUGGUAUCUUGGUUUGAGAUGACGGUUGAACUGAUGAUGAGCAGCUACGGCGGUGGUGGAGGAGGAGGAGACGGUUUUCCUGCAAUCGCCGCUGCAGCGAAACUGGAAGACACAGCUUUAAGAGAAGCUGCGUCUGCAGGGAUUCACGGUGUGGAGGAGUUUCUCAAACUCAUCGGUCAAAGUCAACCAACGGAGAAGAAUCAGUCGGAGAUAACGGCGGUGACUGACGUCGCCGUUAACAACUUCAAGAAGGUCAUUUCUUUACUCGGUAGAUCUAGAACUGGACACGCUAGAUUCAGACGAGCCCCCGCGUCAACGCAAACGCCGUUUAAGCAAACGACGGUGGUGGAGGAGGAGGAGGCGGAGGAGAAGAAGCCAGAAACAACCUCCGUGUUAACAAAACAGAAAACAGAGCAAUAUAAUCACGGUGGAUCUGCUUUUAGAGUUUAUUGUCCAACUCCAAUUCAUCGUCGUCCUCCUCUAUCACACAACAACAACAACAACAAUCAGAAUCAGACAAAGAACGGUUCGUCUUCUUCGUCUCUUCCGAUACCUACAAACGGAGCACCGUCAACGAUAAACUUCGCGCCGUCACCACCAGUCUCAGCGACGAACUCAUUCAUGUCUUCUCAUAGUCAUAGAUGUGACACCGACAGUACUCAUAUGUCAUCAGGAUUCGAGUUCACUAACCCAUCUCAGGUCUCUGGUUCGAGAGGUAAACCACCUUUAUCAUCAGCUUCACUAAAGAGAAGAUGUAACUCCUCUCCCUCUAGUCGUUGCCAUUGCUCCAAGAAAAGGAAAUCAAGAGUGAAGAGAGUGAUUAGAGUUCCAGCAGUAAGUAGCAAAAUGGCUGAUAUACCAUCAGACGAGUUUUCAUGGAGAAAAUACGGUCAAAAACCAAUUAAAGGCUCUCCUCAUCCUCGCAGUGUAAGAGGUUGUCCGGCGCGUAAGCAUGUGGAGCGUGCACUAGACGAUGCGAUGAUGCUAAUCGUGACGUACGAAGGAGACCACAACCAUGCUUUGGUUCUCGAGACGACGACGACGAAUCAUGACAAAACUCUUUAAUUUCUCGAGUUUGAGGGCAAGUGUUUGUGACCACUCUCCAGAUUAGUCAACGACAUAGUGGGCCUGCACUGCACUUUAUUAUUCUU